UCGGUCGCAAGCGCCCAAGGCCUGGGACUUUAACUGAUGCAUCAUCUGCAGGAGGGAUCGUUAUCCCAUGGCCAGGUGGAGCCGAACACUCAUCGCCUCCAAACAACCCAAACGACAAAGGGAUUCUCCGAACGAAUCAGCCAGAGUGCCGCAAUGUGUCGAUUGGUUAUCACGUCCUUUUCAACCCAGCACAUGAGUCAGCAAAUGAGCCAGAAACAAGUGAAGCCCAAUCAAUUCAUGCUCCUAGUACGUUGGCCUUGGCUAGCAAAGAACCUUGCUUUACGCCUUGUGAAGGCAAGAUCAAUAAAUUUGCAAGCGAUUUGAUCCAAGCAAUCCAAGCAAUGCGACAGAGUAGAAAGAAACCUAGAUGUUGGGCGAGCUACAAGUUCAGCAUCGUGCAGCGAAGAGCAAGGUCAGUGGGGUGCGACACUUCACUGACUCUUGGCUGCCCCCUGUCAUCGUUGUGUGAGUGCAAUUUUCACUUGAUGGUUCCAGAGCAAAUGAAUGCGACGAAACAAGAAAUGCAGAACGCGAGAAGAGGCCUUUCAGCGUUCACGGGAUGCAAUUUGCGACAGUUUCCGACGACCAUGUCUCAUGACUUCGACGAUACAAGCAUAGAUCCCAAACUGCUGUUUAAGGCCCAGAAGAAUAUGGCAGAUGUAGAAAAGCGAAGUUGGCCACUUUUAGGUUGGCGAUCGAUACCGGGGGAGGCUUUCGUGGUGCAAGGACCCGAUCGUUGCCCCAAGCCACCAGCCACGGAAACGAAGGAGGAGUUCUUAUCUUGGGGACGAAGAGCACACACGAAGGAGAUCAUCGCCGAGGUUUGUCUUUGUCCCCCAAACCGUGACAAUGUUGAAGGACAGUGCAGUCAUACACAGUUGGUAUGCGAGACAAUCAGCUUGGCUCAGGCCAUUGCCAACUUGCGAAGGGGUGGAGCUGAUUUGUUCGACGUUUACGUGAAACAGUUCCCCCAGCUGAAGAACUAUGUGGAGCCCAUUCCUGGCACUGCCAUAGCGACCGAUCAAGUUCCGCAACAAAAUUGGGCAAGGAUGCUUCCUGUGAUUGCGUCGAACCUUCAAAACGGUUUGGAUAUCGACCUCAACGUCCCUGCAAAAGCGAACGACGAAUUUUGACUUGUUCGGGACCUGAAUGUGCACUUCUGCUUCUUAUGUUGCCAACGCCAAACAGUUCCAUGCGCGUUCCUCAUUGAGCGAUGAAGACACCUUCACCGGCCGCGAAACAGUGAAACAUGCUCAGCUUUUUCAUUUCAUAUCAUAGAUGAUGUAGCCA